AUGCAGACCUUGGAGGCGGUAGAAGUGGAUCAUAUUAGGCGAUCAGAAAAUACCCGGGCAAACAUUCCCGCCAAAUUAGCAAGCACGAAGAAUCCAGGUAACAAUCGCUCUGUCAUUCAACAUAAUUUGCCUAACCCAUGCAUCGUCAUGAGUAUUGCAGACGCAACAGCUGAAGUUGCCGAAGAGACUUGGAUCACACCCAUCGUCAAUUACUUAUCUGAAGGAACCCUUCCACUUGAUCAAAAGGAAGCCAAGAAGGUGGUGCGAAGAAGCGCUCAUUUCUGCAUGAUACAAGGGCGUUUGUACAAAAGAGGAUGUUCAACCCCACUUCUAAAAUGCCUAAACCCCAAUGGCGUGGAGCACUUCCUAGAAGAAAUCCAUGAUGGGAUUAAUGGCCAUCACAUGGGCGGGCACACACUGGCAAGGAAAGCACUCAGGGCUGGUUUUUAUUGGCCAACCUUGGAGCGAGACGCCUAG